AUGCGUAUCGUAUUUUUGUUAAUUUUCUUGGUUCCUGCAAAAGGGUUUCAACGUUUGGAGAAUGUUAGACAUUUAAUACCUAAAUUUGAACAAAUCGCACACGGUAAAUUGAUCCAAGCAACAAAUACUUGUAACGGUAGCAUUUUCUGCAUGUUGAAAAAUGAAACAUGCGAUAUUUGCAACGAGAGAGACCAUUCCUCAAAAUAUUUAACCGAUGGUCAAAGUAAUACUUAUUGGCAAUCCCAGACCAUGGAGCAUGAUGUUCAAUAUCCAAAUCAAAUACAUUUAACAUUGAACUUUAACAAAGCCUAUGAUAUUAUAUACGUGUCCUUAUGGUUUAAAUCACCGAGACCUGAAAGCUUCGCUAUUUACAAGAAAGUAUGCGAGUCGUGUCCUUGGGUUCCUUAUCAAUAUUUCAGCGCUACUUGCCAGGAGACGUACGGUGUUCAGGAUUCGACUGCGGUAAAGAAAGGAGUACAGGAAGCAAGGGCGCUUUGCACUUCUUCAUAUUCUGAUAUAUCUCCUCUGAGUGGAGAACGUGUAAUAUUUUCAGCUCAGAAAUAUAGACCUUCUAAUACAGACAUUAAUACUUCACCAGAAUUACAAGAUUGGAUAACUGCUACUGAUAUACGCAUUUCUCUGGAUCGUUUAAAUACCUUUCAGGAUGAGCGAUUUAAAGAUAUAUGGGUGCUAAGAAGAUACUAUUAUUCUAUCAUAUCCGUGGAGAUUGGAGCUCAUUGUAAAUGCAAUGGUCAUGCUUCAAAAUGUAUUCCAAUCAGAAGAAAUUCUGAUAAAUUGGUAUGCGAUUGCAAGCAUAACACUUAUGGCGAUGAUUGUGAGAAAUGUCUUCCAUACUACAAUGAUGUACCUUGGAAAAGAGCCACAGACAUGCAUGUUAAUGAAUGCAAAGCUUGCAAUUGCAAUGGUUAUUCCAAUUCCUGCUUUUUCGACGAGGAGUUAUACCGACAAACAGGACAUGGCGGUCAUUGCAUGGAGUGCUCAGGAAAUCGUAGUGGUCCCAACUGCGAUUAUUGCAAAGUAGAUUAUUAUCAAUUGGAGACGGGUGAAUGUAGAAGUUGCAAUUGUGAUCCAAUUGGAUCUUAUUCGUCUCAAUGCAAUACUAAUGGUUAUUGUAGCUGUAAAGCCGGUGUAGCUGGUCAGAAAUGUGACAAGUGCAAGGAGAAUCAUUACAACUUUGGGAAUCGCGGAUGCGAAAGCUGCAAUUGCAACGUAUACGGUUCACUGGAUAACAUACCUAGAUGUGAUCCUGAAACAGGUGUAUGUAAAUGUAAGCAAAACGUAGAAGGGAUGCGUUGUUCCGAAUGUAAACUAGGAUUCUUCAAUCUGGAAAGUGAUAACAUAUUCGGUUGCACUGCGUGCUUCUGUUACGGACAUUCCUCCAGCUGCCAUUCCUCCAACAGUUACUCCAAAUAUCAGUAUGAAGCUCAGUUUACCAAGAGUAAUGAGCGAUGGAAGGCAAUCAAUUCGUACGGUGAAACGGUUAGUUUGAAGUAUGACAGUAAAAAUAGGAGUAUUAGUGCAUCUUCUAAAGGUGAUGAUGUAUAUUUUGUAUCAUCGGAUCGUUUUACUGGAGAUCAACGUGCUUCGUAUGGUCAACAUUUGUAUUUCACUCUUCGAAUUAGCGAUAAUGUAAGGAGUACAUCGAGUGAUUUGGUGUUGGAAGGCGGCGAUGGAUCUUCCGUUGCCACUAAAAUAUUUUCGCAACAAAACAAACUUCCCACCACUAAAAGUCAAAAUUAUAAAUUUCGUUUGAUGGAAGAUUCUAGUCUCGACUGGACACCGAAGCUGUCUGCUAAACAAUUCAUAUCAAUUCUAAGCAAUUUGACGGCUAUUAAAAUAAAAGCUUCAUAUUCUGGUAGCGGUACCGGAUAUUUGGAGGACUUUAAAUUAGAGACGGCUUUGUCUGGUAUUGCUGGCGAAAAAGCCUCUUGGAUAGAGCAUUGCGAUUGCGUAUCAGGCUACGUUGGACAGUUCUGCGAGUCUUGUGCACCAGGCUUCACACAUUCUUCACGUUUAGGUAGUCCUCUAUUACCAUGUAAGAAGUGUGACUGUCAUGAACACGCGGAUAACUGUGAUCCUAUAUCUGGGAAUUGUUAUUGUAAUCACAAUACGGUAGGCACCAAUUGUGAAAAAUGUGCUAGAGGUUUCUAUGGUAAUGCCGUGAUGGGCACAGAAAAUGAUUGUUCAUCCUGCGGUUGUCCAUAUGGUGGUGCCUGUAUAGUGGAUGAUGAUGAUAUAAAAUGUAUAGAAUGUCCGAAAGGGUACGGCGGUCGGAGAUGCGACGUAUGUUUGGAUGGUUACUUCGGAGAGCCACCAACAGAAUUAUGCCAAAAGUGUGACUGUAAUUUAAACAUUGAUAACGAUGCUGUUGGAAACUGCGAUACUAAAACUGGGAAAUGCCUGAAAUGUAUCUACAAUACCGGAGGUGCAUAUUGCGAGGAAUGUUUACCAGGUUAUUACGGAGAUGCUUUAUCUCUUCCAAAAGGUGACUGUAAAGAAUGCGAGUGUUCAUCUGAAGGCACUGUAAAAAUUGAUGAUGGCAGUUUGAUGUGUGAUCAGAUUUCUGGUAUGUGCAAGUGCCAACCAAACGUGUAUGGAAGAAACUGCGAUAAAUGCGAGGAAGGUUACUACGAUUUGAUUGAAGACGAAGGAUGUAAACCAUGUAAUUGUAAUACGGUUGGAUCAAUAGAUCAUACCUGUGAUUUACAUUCAGGACGUUGUCAUUGUCAACCAGGAGUGACUGGCUUAAGAUGUGAUCGAUGCCAGGAAAAUAAAUAUAAAUUUUCUUCAAGAGGUUGCCAGGAUUGUGAAUGCGACGAUUUAGGCUCGAUCAGCUUGCAAUGCGAUUCCAGCGGGCAGUGUCCUUGUCUUGAAAAUGUGGAAGGUAGAAGAUGCGAUCAGUGUAAGGAGAAUAAGUAUGAUCGUAGUGAAGGUUGCAAAGAUUGUCCGCAAUGUUACAAUAUGGUACAGGAAGCUUAUUGGGAGAAUAAAAAGAAAUUGCAGGAACUAACUGAAAUGCUGAAUGAACUCGAAGAACGUGCUUUGGUGGUUGGAGACAAACAAUUUGAAGCAAAUCUUCGUCAGAUACAAAUUGAAGCUAUACACUUAAAAGAGAAUGCUAAUGCUCUCAAUGAUGAUAAUAUACAAGAAGAAAUGGCUGUUUUAGUGGAGAAACAAAAAACCAUUUCAAUGUUGUUAAUUAAAAUAGAGGAUAGUAUCAAUAUGGCUAAAUAUCAAAAUGGUUUGGCAACUACCACGUUUGUAGACAUACACAAUAAUGUAAAGCGGACGAAAGAAACUAUAAAUGUAUGUUUUGAAAAAAUUGGUAAGGUGUCACUACGAAAUUACUUUGGAGAUCAAUCCGAAAGGCUGAAGAAGACGUUGCAGCAGAAUCGGGAACUAAUUAAAAAUAUCACCACUAUUUCGGACAAAAUCUACAAUACUGCAUUGGAAGCUCAGACUAAAUCGGAUGAGGCAUAUAAACUAGCUAAGUCUAGCACAGAUAUGAAGAAAGGUUUCCAACAGGAACUUCAUAGUUUAAAUGGAGAUAUCGCUAAUAAAUUUAAUACGUUUGAAAAAUAUAACGAGGGAGCAAUUGAAGCACAAAACGAAUGGAAGGAUAUAACAUCCUUAAACUUACAGCUACUAGCUGAAGUAAAAACGUUGCAUAAAGAGAUUCCCGUUGCAGAUUUCAGAGGAAUAACUGAAGAUGCUAAACAUAUGUUGGAUGAUUCCGAGGAGAUACUUAUUAAUAUGAAUAACUUGGAUGAUAUUAAUAUAAACGACUUUGAACAAAUAACAGAUUCUAAAAAAAUAUUACUCAAAGCUACUGAAUAUACAAAUGAUUUAAAUGAGUUAAUCUUUAAAAUUGAACAAUACGCAAUUAAAACAUUUAAUGCGGUGGAUCUAUGUGCAAAGGUUUUUUCGAAAGCCACAGAAACGUACAAUGCUAUCAGUGAUUUCAAUAAGAAUUUGACUAAUACUAGAACCAUCGCCGAAUCUUCUUUGAAUAAAAUGCCUUAUAUCGAAAAUUUACUAAGUUAUGUGCAAGAUUUGUUAAUAAAAAUAGGACCGAAAUUCCAUAAGAUUAAAGUCAAAUCCGACAAGGCUAUACGAGGAGCGAAAGAUACAAUAAAAUCCGCAGAUGAUGUUAUGAAAGAGAUGCAAGAAGUUUCCGUUGAUUUAGAGGCGUUGUUUAUAGAAGUUUCUCAUUUGCAUGAAAGAGCGUUGGAGGUGAAUAAGCAACUGGAGGAAGUUAAAGAAAAGUUUAUGAAAAUACACGGAGAUAAAGUUAAUAAUCAAUUGAUUACUGAAAUCAAAGCGUCUGUGGAAUAUUCUGAAAUUAGUACAGAAGAAGCUGCAAGACUAGUCGACGAUAUGUCGAGAAAAAUAGUUGAUAUUUGGAGCAAUAUCUCGGAUUUACCUGAGGUGGAAGAUUUAGAUCCUGUGCGCAAGAGGUUGGAUUAUAUUGAAAAGCAGAUUAAACAAAACAAAAUUGAAAAUAUAUUAGAUAAAUUUGAGAAGGAAAAGAAGGAUAAUGAUGAUCUCAUUGAGAUGUACACUCAGCGCUUGAAUAGUUAUACUGAAGAGGUGCAACAAUUGAAAAAUAUAGCUAUGGCUAUUCCGGAUGGUUGUUUUAGAAACAUAGCUUUAGAACCAUAAGUUUAGGGGAAGAUAUAUCAUUUGUUAUGUAACUUUUAUACAAUAACUUUUGUAACUUAUAUACAAUAAAUCUUCCAGUUAAUCAA